CAGCAGCAGCCCUUAAAGCCAAGGAACUUAUCUGGAGUUCAGACAACCUAAAAUAUCACUUGCUGGAAGGAAACGGAGAUCGAGGCUGAAUGCAAUUUCCUGUGUGAGAGGCUGGAGGCAGAGCUGAACGGGAUAAGGAGGGGAGGCAAAAACUUGCCCAUUUCGGCAAGAAGGACGAACUGCAGAGAUAAAGCGGGCUCGCGCGUCUUCCCAGCGAUCACAUUUCGUACUGAGGGAAACUUUUCUGAAGUAGCUGUAGUAAGUGGGUGGGGACAGAAGAGAAGCGUUUUGUGUUUUUGUGUGUUCAGCCCAAUCCCCUUUUUGUGUGGAAAGGGGGCCGAAGACCGGGGGAGGUGGAGUGUGGCUCACAUGGAGAAGACAAUAAGAUGACACUCGGCUUGUGGAAGCUCUGUUAAAAGAUUCACCCCAAAGGCUCAAUCCGAUGUCCCAGGUGAGGAGCGGACACCCCAGCCGUUCUUCGGACUUGCUCAAUGGAGACGCCCAGGUGGAUCCGGCGCCUUUCUCAUCCCCCAGCACAGGCCAAGAUACAAAUGCAGCCUCUUCCCCCAUGCCGGAUUCAGCGGUAGUACUGACGACUCCAGACUCGCCAGCCCCAGCUUCUCAAAGUCACUCCACAGAUGUCAAAGAUGAAAACCCACCACAAGAACAUUCAGCAUCUCGCAGAUCCCUGGUGAAUGGAACAGCCAAGGCACAACCCGAGGAUGACUUUGCAGUAACAACAGAAACUGUGACCCGCCAGCCUCAGAGUCGAGUAACAGUCCGGACUCCUCCAACCUCAGCUUUGGUCCCUCUGCUGCAGAAUGGUGCCAGCCACGAUCUUAGCAGCUCUAACGGCGAGGCUGGGAAUGGUGUUUUGUGUUCUGAACUCAGGUCACUGUCCAAUUCCCAGAAGCCACAUCGGAAGCUACAGUCACAUCACUCCAUCAAUAGCCAGAUCAGUAAAAAGAGUAAAGGCAGCUCGAAAUCUGCAUCUUCUCAGAUCCCUACUGAAGCACAAGAAGAUUGCUGUGUCCACUGCAUCCUCUCCUGUCUCUUCUGUGAGUUCCUGACCCUCUGCAACAUCAUGCUGGACUGUGCCACUUGUGGUUCCUGCAGCUCCGAGGAUUCUUGCAUCUGCUGCUGCUGCUGUGGCUCCGGGGAAUGUGCCGAUUGCGACCUGCCCUGUGACAUGGACUGCGGCAUUAUCGAUGCAUGCUGUGAGUCAGCUGACUGCUUGGAGAUCUGCAUGGAGUGCUGUGGCCUGUGCUUCUCUUCCUGAAAUCUGGAGCCGGAUCUCGUUCCUUGAAUAGGAGCUCUGAGCACAACUCUUCUGGGGUGGAAGACCUUGAUAGUGAGGCUGCGCUGUUCUCCGUCAUCAUCAAAUGAUCAGGAGCCAAAGAGGUUUGGGCAGGAGAUGAGCUCCCCAGGAGGCGACAACAUUCCCUCUAUUGACAUCAACAUCCUAGGUUCAAAAACAGCUUGGGAACAAGCAGCGUUUUUCCCAGACUGAUUUACCGAUUUGAAGGACAAGUCAUGCAUAAGCUCUCUUUUGCUCUCUCACACCCUCACUUCCCCCUCCCACCAGAAUUCUCCAAAUGGAGGCUGGGGAAGAGCAGUGUUCCUGCUGCCUGAGCCAAGAGCAGAAGAAGAGGAGCUGCACUGCUGGCUAUGCUGCUCACCAGGAAUCUGGAACAGCCACAACAAGGGCAAAUGCUCUGCUGCCUCUCAUCUGGUGCACCAGCAAACUGGUCCAGCUGCUGUCCGGCCGCAGGAUACUUUGCUGGCCCUGGUGCUUGUGUGCUAGCUGCAGCACCUGAUGUGGACUGAUGUCAACUCGCUGGCAUCCUUGCUGCCUCCUGGCUGGCUACGAAGCAUCUCAGGCGCCCAAGGGAAUGGCAGCUAGUCUAGUGCGCCAAGAAGAAAUGUUUUCAUGCAGCUGCCCUAGCCUCAUCCCCAGCGUCGUAGCUAUAGCUGGGUUCUUCCAUUGGCACAAUGGAAGGAAGCCAAAGCCUCUGAGAAGCUCCAAAUCCAGUGAGAAAAGGAUUGGUGAGGAUUCCAAUAACGUUUGUCAGCAGCAAGAAGCUGAUGUUUUCUGUGAACUCUUUAAGAGGAAUCCUACCUCUGCCCAGGCCCUUCCCAGUCUUGUAGCUAUCCUUUUGCUGCGGAUGUCAGUGUUGAGACUGGGAGCCCCCUGCGGCCAGUGUGCAUCAGCCUCCAUGCCCACACGGCCUUCCAAGAGCCUAAAGAUACUCUGGAGAGGGUUUUUUGACAGGCUGUGGGAUAUCUCCUUCCUGUUUGGACACUGGAGGGCAGGAGGAGCCUCUGCUCCUUGCCUGUUUGCACAAUUGGCAAACCCAAGGCUUGACUGGAAGGGACAUAUGUAGUCCAUAACCUGUCAGCAAGACCCUGGACCACUGAUGUAGUGACCUCCAGAGUGAGCCAUCCAAACUGGCCAGGCUGGGGGUGGGGGGGGGGCAGCUGGUACCAACUCAGAGCUGGGCAGCCGUGCCAUACUGACUCCUCCAGUUCCAUUCGGGAUGGGAAGGUUUCUAUUUUUCUGAUUUUUAUUUGUUACCAUAAAUAAAAAUAUGUUUCAUUCCUGA